CACAGGAUGAACAAUCUGACUUCUAUUUCCACCUUUCUACUCCUGGGAUUCUCAGAGGCUCGUGAUCUACAAAUCUUGCACUUCUCUGUAUUCCUAAUACUGUAUCUGAUGGCAGUAACAGGAAAUCUUCUCAUCAUCAUUGCCAUUAUUGUUGACAACCACCUACACACCCCCAUGUAUUUCUUCUUAUUGAACUUGGCCAUGAUAGACCUUGGAUUCAUUUCAGUCAUAGCCCCCAAAUCAAUGGCUGUGUCCCUUAUGGAUGACAGGUCCAUUACUUAUUCUGGGUGUGUUGCUCAGGUGUUCUUAUAUAUCUUUUUUGCACCAUUGGAUUUUAUUGUACUAACUAUAAUGGCACAUGAUCGCCAUAUUGCAAUCUGCUACCCACUUGAGUAUGAGAGAAUUAUGCACAAGGGAACCUGCCUUGAGAUGGUGGCCAAAGGGUGGAUAGUUAGUAUUUUUUAUGCAAUAUUGCAUACAGGUGGCACCUUUGCAAAUACUUUUUGUUCUAAUAGUAUCCAUCAGAUAUUCUGUGAAAUUCCACAUUUAUUAAGACUUUCUUGCUCGGAGAUUUAUUUAGUUGAAGUUGGGUUUCUUGCUCUAAGCUGUGGUGUAACACUAGCAUGCUUUAUCUUCAUUGUCAUAACAUAUAUGAAGAUUUUUAGGACAGUGCUGAGAAUCCCAUCUGUACAUGGGCAGAAAAAAGCUCUCUCCACCUGCAUCCCUCAUCUCACUGUUGUCUCUCUGUAUGUGUUGACUGGAGUCUUUGCUCAUGUCCUACCACCCAGUAAUGCUUCUUCAGUUCUACAUGCGGCAUCUGCUGUGAUGUACUCCAUAAUUCCCCCCACCCUGAACCCAUUCAUCUACAGCAUGAGAAACAAAGAGAUUAAGGCUGCUUUAUGGAAACUCUUUAAAUCUGUGUUUUCUUCUAAAAAUAUUGCUUUCUGA